AUGUUUGCCGGCGGUGGGGGGAUAUUGUGCAUUCUUUGGCCCCUAUGUGGUAUAUCACAGACGACGAUCUCGUUCACUUUCCUGGACAAGAUUGAUGCUUCCUCUCUCCUCGCAAUCAUUCUGGGAUUCCAUAGACGUGAUUUUCCAUUAAGUGCCAUCGAGCGCCUUUCUAGUCUCUCGCACAGACUGUGUGAAUUCCAUAUUUCGAUCUCGUUUUGGCAGAAACUCUUUUCUACAUGGCCUGCAAAUUAUUUUCGCGGCCUUACACAUGUUUCCAUCCGUCGCCAAUCCGCCGAUUUUUCGCAGCGCCAUUCCACUCCGGAAUUCCUUGAUUUCUUAGAAGGGUGUCCGUUGCCGGAGGACCUGAUCUUCUUUGAUACUGGUCCCAUGCGCUGGGAAAAUAAUGACGACCGAGAGCUGAGCAAAGAUCGCAUAGCUGCAGUUUAUCUCUGGGGCGUGGAAUAUUGGUCGUCAGAUACAAGCUGCGACAUAUCCAACCUUGUAUCAGCCUUUGCAGCCAGCGUUAAUAGGGUUACAGAAUGGCGACUUUCCUUCUCGAAGACCGAUAGUAGGAAUUUGGAGUAUGUCAUCGCCCUUGUCGAUGGGCUGCUGUAUACCUCUGUGAUCACAGCUGUUCUCAACGGUGUCAGGGACGUCCAGAUAUUACGCAUCGACAAGAGCACCAGAUCGCAACACCCCCAGACACCUCGGAUAGCAUGGAAACCAUUGUUUCGAUGUCUUCCCAGCGUCGUAGAAUUGUGGCUCUGGAAUUCAUCAGUGGAUAUUGUCAGGGCAUUGCAGCCCGACGGUGGCUUGGACAUCGUCUGCCCUCUAUUAAGGGUGCUGUCCAUCGAGGGUAGCCCAGAAGCCAGUGAUAUAUACCGGCCACACGUCAAUUAUCUAGCAGAAAGACGUUCUCUGAGGGGAAGUCCUAUUCGAAGGUUGAGGAUUAACUAUCUCUGUCCCGAGACACGACACAUCGGUGGCGAUCGAAGGCACCGGCGAGCCUACGAUUUAUCACCUGGCAAUAGCAGUGGGUCUUCAAGUUACAAUUCGAGCCCAACCCUCAGUUUACAGUUCCUGACUGAUAAUAUGUUCGAUGAAGACUCGGAUAAGAUAAUAGAGGCUAUAGCUCAGGUGGAUAUACUUCAAGAAUGACGAUGCGACGGAAUUUUUGUCGUCGGUGUGGCCAACACGGGCCAAGUGGUGGACGGGCCGUGGUAUUGAGCGAAGCGGAUUGUAGAGAGAUACAUGUCAUGACGAGAGCGUCUGACUUAGUACGUGAAUUCUUGGACAAUCUUUAUGUUUUCGAGCGCUCAAGGCUCAGCUAGAUGUGUU